CUGACACCGUGUUGUGUCGCACAGCCCGACAGUACACUCGCAUUACACUCGCAUUACACCCGGGCUGCCAGAAUAUCAAACACUGCGAUUUCGGAGUGUGCUGCUGGGAGCGGAGAGAGCGCGUCGGUCCCCCGGUCGAACACAGCCCCCCUCGCUGGAGGGAGACCCGCGGAGAAAAGCUGCAAUGUUGACAAGAUUCAUUCAUCUGAUUUGAGGAGGACGACUUUUUUGUGUCUCGGUCGCUGCUGACGUAACAUUUCUACCAUGCAAGGAUACCUUUUCGUCUGCUUUCUGCACGGUGUCUCGGUGUUGCCCAGUGCGCGGAAUCAGGCGUAAUGCAUUUCAGGGAACCACGCGGGCUGUAGCGAUUCUGCGAGAUAACGUUGGGCUUUGCAGCAUGGACGCCGCGGUGGAGACGCGGGAUUAGAUCCAUGUCCAGCGGGACUGGCCGGGAUCUGGGGAAUCAUAUUGUACAUUGUUGCAGGACGGUUCCUGCCGCCGCUGCCCCCCGUCCAUCCGACGUAGUUGUGAAUUGAACAUGGCGACUGUACCACCAGUGUAUUGCAUCUGCAGAUUACCGUACGACGUAACCCAGUUUAUGAUCGAGUGCGACGCCUGCAAGGACUGGUUCCACGGAAGCUGUGUAGGUGUGGAUGAGGAUGAUGCCCCUGAUAUCGACAUCUACCACUGUCCCAACUGCGAGAAAACGGACGGUAAAUCCACCCUCAAAAAGAAGAAGAACUGGAACAAACAGGACACGGGACAGAGCACCGACAUCAAGGCUGUUCAGAAUGGCAGCCAAGUGUUCAUCAAGGAGCUCCGUAGCAGGACGUUCCCGAGUGCGGAGGACGUGGUGGUGAAGCUGACCGGGCCCCAGCUCAGCAUGGACUACCUGGAGGAGAACGGCUUCAACGAGCCCAUCCUGGUGCUGAAGAAGGAGGGCCUGGGCAUGUCGCUGCCCGCCCCCACCUUCUACAUCAGCGACGUGGAGAACAACGUUGGCCCUGAUGUGGGCGUCGACGUGGUGGACGUGCCCAAGCAGACGGACAGCAAGAUGAAGCUGAAGGAGUUUGUGGACUAUUACUACAGCACCAACCGCAAGAAGGUCCUGAACGUCAUCAACCUGGAAUUCUCCGACACCAGGAUGGACGGCAUGGUGGAGAGCCCAGCGAUCGUGCGCCGUCUGUCCUGGGUGCAGAACUACUGGCCGGACGACGCGCUGCUGGGGAAGCCCAAGGUCACCAAGUACUGCCUGAUCUGCGUGAAGGACAGCUACACAGACUUCCACAUCGAGUGCGGAGGCGCCUCAGUGUGGUACCACGUGCUCAAGGGGGAGAAGAUCUUCUUCCUCAUCAAGCCCACCUCGGCCAACCUGUCGCUGUACGACCGCUGGAGGUCCUCGUCCAAUCACAGCGAGAUGUUCUUCGCUGACCAGGUGGACAAGUGUUACAAGUGCACGCUGAAGCAGGGCCAGACCCUCCUCAUCCCUUCAGGUUGGAUCAACGCAAUCCUGACCCCAGUGGACUGUCUGGCCUUCUCCGGCCACUUUGUGCACAACCUUAGCGUGGAGAUGCAGAUGAGGGCGUACGAGGUGGAGCGGCGGCUGAAGGUGAAGACCCUCACGCCCUUCCCCAACUUCGAGACGGCGUGCUGGUACGUGGGGCGCCACUACCUGGAGAGGUUCAAAGGUUUACAUAAAGCCAACAAGCAGCCGGCGCCCUACCUUGUGCACGGCGCCAAGAUCCUCAACGGCGCCUUCAGAGCCUGGACCAAGAAACAGGCCCUGCUGGAACACGAGGACGAGCUCCCGGAGAACAUGAAGCCCACCCAGCUCAUCAAGGACCUGGCCCGGGAGAUCCGUGUGGCGGAGAACGCCACCAAGGCGGUGAAGAGCGAGCCCAGCAGCGCCAAGGUGCCCGUGGAGGAGCCCCCCUCCACGCACUCGGACGGGGAGGAGGAGUCCGACAGCCCCGCCCACACGCCCUCGCCCGGCCGCGACAAGACCCCCCGGAAGAAGGCCACCAAGCCCUCCAAGCCGCCCAAGAUGCCCAAGGCGCCCAAGCCCCCCAAGGUGCCCAAGGUGAAGGAAGGCGGGAAGAAGAAGGGCAAGAAGGCCAAGGAGCUGACGCCGCCGCCCCCCAAACCCUCCAGCUUCGCGGCGUUGGAGUCCCACGCCAAGGACAUCCUCAGCAAGAUGGACCAGCCCAAGAAGGGCAAGGCGGUUAAGAAUGUCCUGAGUAUGUCAGAGAAAGAAAUAUCAAAGCAGAACAAUGUGGAGAAGUUUGAGAUCAGAGAGCAGAAUAGGAACAAGACUGAAGCGAAGUGGAAGUACAAGAAUAGUAAACCAGACUCCCUACUGAAAAUGGAGGAGGAGAGCAAAAUGGACCGGUCGUCGAUGAACAAAGACCGGUUCAGCUUCACCAUGUCCCACAAGAAGCUCCUCGGGUCCAAGGCCCUGAAGCCGGCCGGCAGCCCGGGCGUGUUCGGCUCGCUGCAGAACCUGAAGGAGGACAAGGCCAAGCCGGUGCGGGACGAGUACGAGUACGUCUCAGACGAGGGCGAGCUGAAGAUCGACGAGUUCCCCAUCAGGAGGAAGAAGAAUGCCACCAAGAGGGACCUCUCCUUUUUAUCCAACAUACGAGAGCCGAUCACGCCGGCCAAGAAACCAAAGCUCCUGCCCGCCGUCACCAAGAACGCCGACUCCUCUGACGAAGAGUCAUUACACAUCGACACCGAGGUCAAACCCGAGGUCAAAGGUCGCAACUCAAAGGUCAAGAAGAAGGGCGGGAACGCAGCCGGCAUCCUCGACCUGUUGCAGGCCAGCAAGCAAGUGGGCGGCAUCGACUACAACACCAACAGUCAGCGUCCUGCAUCCCCCAGCACACAGGAGGCCAUCCAGGGCAUGCUGUCCAUGGCCAACCUGUCCUCCUCGGACAGCCUGCCGCAGCCCUGGUCCAACAGCCAGUCCAAGACCAACAGUCAGUCCAAAGGGAACAGCCAGGCCAAGGGGAACAGCCAGGCCAAGGGGAACAGCCAGGCCAAGGGGAACAGCCAGGCCAAGACCAACAGCCAGUCCAAGACCAACAGCCAAUCGAAAGGGAACAGCCAGGCCAAGGGGAACAGCCUUGCCAAGACGAACAGCCAGGCCAAGGGGAACAGCCUUGCCAAGACGAACAGCCAGGCCAAGGCGAACAGCCAGGGCAAGGGGAACAGCCAGGCCAAGGGGAACAGCCAGCCCAAAACCAACAGCCAGCCCAAGGCGAACAGCCAGCCCAAGGCCAACUCGCACGGCGCCCAGGCCGACAAGAAGGGCGGCCGGGCAGGCGCCGGCGGCGGUGGCGGCGGCGGGAAUAGCAAGCGGCCGGCCAAGAGAGUCCCCAAGAAGCCCCGCAAGAGCAGCAGCAUCGACAGCAUGGACUUCGACGAUGACCAGGACCACAUGGACGCCUGCUUCAAGGACUCGGACUACGUUUACCCUUCUCUGGAGUCAGAGGAGGAUAACCCCGUCUUCAAGUCGAGAUCGAAAAAGAGAAAAGGUUCGGACGACACGCCGUACAGCCCGACAGCCCGCGUGGGGCCCUCGGUGCCCCGACACGAGAGACCGGCGAGGGACGGCGCCCGGGUGGCGUCCGUCGAGACCGGCCUCGCCGCCGCCGCCGCCAAGCUGUCCCAUCAGGAGGAGCAGCAGAGGAUGAAGAAGCAGCAGCGGCUGACGAAGAGGAAGGCGCCGGUGGUGGAGGAGCCGCGCCGGCCGUCCCGGGACAGCAGCAGCAGCUCCCCGGAGCCCGGCGCCGAGUCCCGCGACGAAGACGACGACGACGACGACGACGACGACGAAGACGAGUCAGACGAGUCAGACGAAGACGGCAACGAAGAGGAGCAGAGCGACCGGGAGGAGCGCGCACCCGCGGCGGGCGCCAAGUCGCCGCCGGGCGGGCCCGCGCCACCGGCCCCGGGGGUCUUCCUCGCCCAGAAGAAGGGCUCCACGUCGUCCCCUGGCCUGGGAGGGGGCGCGGCUAACUCCGCCUCCACGGGGCCCGCCAACAGCACCGCCUCCUCCGCCGCGACGGCGGGGGCCAAGGCGGAGAGGAGUAGCUCCACCGACGCUAAAUCCAAGCGUCAGAAGAAAGGCAUGGCCACGGCCAAACAGAGACUUGGCAAGAUCCUAAAGAUCCAUCGGAACGGAAAGCUCCUUCUGUAGCAUCGACGGGUGAAGGACAGCCAUUUUAUGAACUUGGAUCGCCUCCCGCCUCUUUUGUCCUCCUCUCCGCCGACUCCGAAGCCAACACAGUGCAGGAGGAAACAGAGAGGGGGGGGGGGGGGGGGGGUAAAAACACAAAACUGAAAAAGCAGCGGGAGAAGAAAAACAAAACCAUGCAUUGUCUUUUUUUUUCCCCUUUCUUUCUUUCGAUUUCUAAGAACGUCACCCUCGAGAAAUAGGUUUUUUGCCUCUACUUAGACUUUAUAACUUUCAGAUAUGGAAAAAUGUACAGAACCUACUAUAAAUAUUUUUUAAGAGAACACGCCUCAUUUUACUACAGCCGUCAGUUUAUCAGGGGUUGCGACGUGAGGCCGUCAUACAUGCAGUCAUCAUUCCAGCGCCCAGCAAGUACCCCGCCACACCCCCCCCUGGUGCAUGUACUCUCAGUGCAUGCAGGGGGGGGGGGGGAACACCACCGGCAACCCCCCCCCCCCCCCGACUCUCUGCGUGUGGAUGUAGCUUAUCAUUGCUCAGAAGACACUCUCUGUGGACUCCUGUCUCUCUCCCUCUCUCUCUCUCUCUCUCUCUCUCUCUCCCCCCCAACGUCACCCGUCAAGACUCUUCCUCCCCCACGCUCCAAGCCACCGUUCGGUUCAGGACUCCUUCUGUAAGCAUGUCUUGUUUUGGGUUUUGUUUUCUGGGUUUGUCUCUGGAGGGGACGAUGCGUCGGCACGCUAUGGUUUGCAGAGUACUAUCAGCAGUAGUAUUUAUUUCUAGUUGUGGUAUUCUAGGUUAGCAGCAGGCACGCCAUGGGAGGGGAGGACUGUUUAAAGCACAAAGCCGUGUCCCCGGGGGCAGCGACGUGUUGGAUUGUGUUCGGAGAUAAACAAACUGCAGACAUUCUGGCGCAUUUACACCGAGAACGGUUUAUAUCAACAGAUUAUAUCGACGCGUUUUGCAUAGUUUUAGCUUGCUGUUAUUGAACCCGAAGGCUCCACCAGGUGGAGGUGUUUUGUUUGUUAAGAGAAAUAUGCAAAUAGUAGUACUACUUUAGUGUAAGGUAACUCGUUUUAACUGUUAAAACCAAUCAUGUGUAUGAAUUGUACGCGAUUGGCUCCCGUUGAAACACUAAGGCGGGGCUUAGACUGUACAAGCCAAUGAUAAGCCUCAUCCAUAGCAGGUGAGCAACAUGGGGAGACGUUCUUCUUCUUGUAUUUGCUUUCACAGGCAGCACCACAAAAAACUAUAAAAUAACAAAAAAACUCAACCCCACAGCGGUCUCUGCGUCCCCACCGUGUCACACAGUGCAGUACGUAGAACGUAGCUUGUACAUAGCCUUUUAAAUUACUAAGUUUUAUAUCUUUUUUCCCCCCCCUUACCGUAGUACUUAAUUCUACAUUUUUUUACAAGUUUUGCUAAUCGUAAACAAACAAAUAUAUAAAUAUAUACAGUUCUAACGUCGGGAUUUUCAUUUCGCUUUCCGUUUUCCUUGGUUUGUACUCCUUUUGUUUUCGUUUUUGUUUUACGAUGGCACCUGGUAUUAUUUCCACGAAAAAAAACCACAUUGUUUCUGCCGAUAAACUUAACGGUGUUGCCUGGAAACCAAGUAAAGAAACAAUACAUCGAUUGUUACAUGGCCUUACAUCCACAAAUCUACGCGUAUUUGGAUUCUGAUCGGACAAGAGACGAAACUUUGACGGAUGAGGGCGAUAAAAGGAGAGAGAGGGCGAACAAUUCUGAAGUUUCUACGACCAGCCUCUUGUUCGGGCGUCCGCAUCCCGAAGGGUUUCCAGAGUUAUUUUACUAGCACCUUGUGAAGUGUUUCCGUGUCAGUGAUGUAAUUUAUUCAUGUUUGUAGCUCUUUUAUACUUGUACAAUUCUUAUAUUUUUUGUUUUUGUUUUUGGAUAUUUCAUCAACUUCGGAAAAAUGACUUAUAGCUCCCUAUUUUCGUUGUUGUUGUUGUCGUUGUUGUUGUUGUGUAGGGGGGAGGGGAGAGGGGGAGGGAAAAGGGGCGGGGUCACAGUGUUUUCCCACCAAUAGGAAGGACUUUUGUUCAUAAGCAAUUUUUUAUAUUCACCGUCGUUCCUUGUCAUUGGUCAAUUUUUUAUCACCGUAUCAUGGUCAAUUAAUUAAAUAUGCCGCAUAAUUAUUAUUAUUAUUAUUAUAAUUAAUAUUAUAAAACAACUCCAUCAUGCCAUGAUUUUGGGAAAUUGUUUGUAUUAUAAUUUGUUUUACCGCUUAUCAGUGUGCUAUAAUGAAUAGCAGUGUUAUAGACACAGAUAGCUCUGUCAAAACCCACAACUCCAAACUAACGUUAACUUUGCCAGAUCGACAUCUGCAGGAUUUUUAUUUUGUAUUCUUUUUAUUUGUACAAUAUGUGUGUUGCUUUGUUGUGGUUUAUUUUUGUAUGUUAAAUCUAUUAAAUUCAUCCACUGUGCCACGGCAGUGUCUGAUACCG